AUGAUUGCAGGAUCCGGACAGAAUCCAGAAUCCGAGAGAACGGAGCAGCCGAGUGACCGAGUCAACUACGCUGGGAAAGUGGGAACGCAUUUUUACACCGCUUGCAGUCAAUAACAUAAAGCGUUUUAGGUUCCACAAAAUUAAAACUGUGUACUCGUUCUGCGCGCGCGCAACACGUACGUCCUGUCACGGUUACCCGACAGCCACUGCCCCGCAACCGCGCGCGCGGCAUCAGGUUGACAAUCUUAAUUAUCAUACACGGCUGAGUGGGUGUCGUCAGCAGUCCGCGGCAAGUCGUGUCAACAUGUUGCGAGCGAGUAGUCGGCUUAGGGUUUUAAAGGCAGGCGGCCGGGCCCGCGAGGGCCUCUUUUCGCCACUGGUGGCUGCAAUUGAGCGGCGAUGGCCAUAUGGAGGCCGGCCUGACUUCCACAUCCCCAGCGCACAGCAGUGCGCCCUGCGGAUGGGACCGGGGGGUCCACUUGAUAGUGACCGCGAGAGCUGUUCGCCGGCGGCGGUGAGGCCCAGUGAGGUCCCACCACCUGCCUCCCCUGCCACCACCGCCCACGAGUUGCUGCACGCAGCACAGCCACCAUCACCACUGGCGCUGGCACAGUGCCCUGUGGUCUCCUUCGGCAAGGACGCCAGGGGCGAGGCCGUGUACACGCCGGGUGUGAUUUGCACCACCACCUGGCGGGUCUGCUGCCUGUGCCCACAGUGCGGAGGCCAGCAGUACCAGCAGCGCGACGAGGGGGCGGUGGCGGCGGCGGCGGCAACAAGUGUGAGCAGCGGUGAUGGCGGCGGCAGCAGCGGUCACUGUGGCACGCCGCCCGCCGGCCUCCCCAUCAUCACCGGCAGCUACAACCUGGAGGAGGCUGUGGCGGCUGCGGCCGCUGGUUCCAGGGAGGUGGGCCGCAACCCGCCGGGCGCAUGGUUCACGGGCCCCGAGUGGCAGCGGCACUGCGGGGCUGCAAGCACGAAGGCAUGGCAGCGCAGCACCAAGCUAGUGGCGGCCGUGGGAGGUGCUCAGCAGCUGCUACAAGUGCCAGCAGCGGCCGGCACUUCAGCCGCGGCCGCACCCGCCGCCGCCUCCAGCGGCAGCAAGCUGGUGUCCAUGGAGCACGAGAUUGAGAGCCGGCUGCGGCUCAAGCUCGUGCGGCGGGUCAAUGCUGCUGGCAGUGAGUACCGCACUCGGAACCCAGCUGGAGAAGUUGAGUACCAGCUGAUGCCGUUACAAGAGUACCGGAAAGGGCGGAAGAAGACGGGCGUGCAGGCCGGGCAAUUUGGGGUGGCGGCGGGCGCUGGAGAGCAGACUGCUGAAGAGCCCCCUCAGCCGCUGCUGGUGACGCAGGCGCGGGCGCGCACUUCAGCCGGCAGCCGCCGCCCAUCUUCCCUUCCCAGUAACAGUGCUGCUGCCGGCGGCAACAAAGGGGCAAGCUGCAGCAGCAGUGGCGGCAAGGCGGCGGAGACGGCGGCCACAGUCGCGUCAGCCGCGGUGGCAGGCGCUGCUGUCCCUCAGUGUGCCAUGAUGCCCGGUGCACGGACCUUCCUGGUGGACCACCUGUGGCGUGAGUACUUCCAGCGGUGCGGCGCUCUGCGGCAGCCGGCUGAUGAGUCAAAUUCCGAAUGAGCUCUUCCCGCUCGACACGCCCACUGUCGCGGCACAGGCGGUGGCAGUGGUGGGUUCCUGGGGCCGUGGCGCCCAAGUGAAGACAAGCGGAGCAGUGACGAGGCGCGGCGUGCGGUCUGGCGGCAGCCUGCUGAGGAGACGCUGUUGUCGCUGCCGCUGCGGGACCUGGACGCAGCGGAGGUGGUCAAGGCCAAGGACCUGAGCGGACGGAAGGCCCUCAAAGAGUGCGCGGAUGCGCUCCACGCAUCAACUGGAAGUGCCCGUAAGGCGGUUGCGGAGAGCGUCUUGACUACCGGGGGAAAUAAGGAAGAAAUGACCGCGCCUCUCCACGAGCCAGGGCGCGGAUGAAAUGGGCCAACUGGUUGAGGGGGUUUUAGUCCCCAUCACCCGCCUGCUGCCGAUAGCAUGUAUGGUGAGCACUAGGCGCUAGGUGGGCGCCGGUUAACCCGGCUUCCCCUGUGUUGAGGGGCUGCCCUCGUUCGGUCCGACUGCGUGUACGGGCCAUGUCGUUGAGGGCGGAAACGGCGUGGCUGUGAAGCGUAUUGCAGCAGGCGGAGGCAGCCGCAGGGCGGACACGCACUUUGCGGAGCAGCGUGGGAAGUUCGGCUCGCUCUGUGCCGGUAAAACCCGGCUUAUGGCGUUCUGCUGGGUGUACCCUCCUUGAAGUCCAACCGUGCCGUAAGCAAGAGGCGUACCAUCUUAUGGUAUUGCUUGGCCUUGGCGUGGGACUUGACUGUGCGGUUUGUGUCAGCGCAGCAGCCAAUUUGGAGGAUGUGGACUAUGUGGUCCCGACUGGGCUUAGGCGGGGUGUACGAGUCCAGGGGAAUGGCUUGGGGAACGGCGGCGAAUUGGCGAUCAGGAGGAUGUCCGGCCGUAGCUUUCUGCGGAGGCUGUCUGGGCAGCAGCUGGAAAGGACCCAUUUUGUUUGUGUAGAACAAGAAAGGUGGUUUCUCCUCGCAAAGGAAAAAUGGGCUGAGCCCACGCCACGUAUCUUGUCUGAGGCCGCAAGCGUCUAGCUCAUCAUCUCCCGGACAUAGCCGGGGUCGGUUCGUACAGGCACGGCCCGCCGUAACGUGUCC